UCACACCUUCUCCACUCCCUCGUUAUACGUUACACCUCCAAUUCUUCUUCCUUCUUACCCCUGUAUCCCUUCAUGGCCCGUAACGACACCAAGCUGACAAUUGAUGGCAUCGAGGACUCCGUACCAAAAGGCGACGACCCGAACAAUUCGCAGAGGGGACAGUGGCUUCGAGCUGCCAUCCUUGGGGCAAACGACGGCCUGGUCUCCACCGCCUCGUUGAUGAUGGGAGUUGGAGCUGUGAAACCCGACGCGAAGGCCAUGCUGCUCUCGGGCUUUGCAGGCCUUGUGGCCGGGGCAUGCAGCAUGGCUAUCGGAGAAUUCGUCUCGGUGUAUUCCCAGCUGGACAUCGAGGUGGCCCAGAUGAAGAGGGAGCAACGGAUCAAGGGUGGAGGAGAGGUCGAGCAGGAUGGGCUGCCGAGCCCGGUGCAGGCGGCGGCGGCCUCGGCCCUGGCAUUCUCGGCGGGGGCGAUGGUGCCGCUGCUGGCGGCUGGGUUCAUAAGCAGCUAUAAGGUGAGGUUGGGGGUGGUGGCGGCGGCGGCAACUGUGGCAUUGGUGGUGUUUGGGUCUGUCGGGGCGCUGCUUGGCCGGGCUCCGGUGGUGAGGUCUGCUGUUAGAGUGUUGGUAGGAGGCUGGAUGGCCAUGGCUGUCACCUUUGCAGUCAUGAAGAUCUUUGGAUCCACUGCAAUGUAAAGACCAUUAGUGGACCUCUUUCUCUCUAUCUAUCUAUCUCUAUCUCUCUCUCCCCAAUGAACACGAAGCAGUAGAUGCGUUUCUGUAAGUGCGUGGAAAAGAACCAAUAGGUAUUUAUGUUUUCUGCAUGAGAUGACAGAAUGAAAGCUACUUCUUAAUUUGUAA